AUAUUUUUCAUAGUGCAGUUAUCUACAUAUUAUUAUUGUUUGUGGGACUUAUUUUUAACUAAUAAUUACUAAAAGUUAAGUUUUAAGUAGGAUAAUUACUCAGUGAUACCUAGUUUAGACUCCUACAUUGUAUACAUAUUUUUCUACUGUGAAUUCUUUGUUUAGAAUGGCUAGUUUCUUGUCUGGUCCGAUUAACACUGACCAAUGGUUGGCUGAGGCUACUCAAGUUUUUUCAGAUCAAAAUAUUGACUGUUUAGAUACACCAGGUAACCUAAAAUCCGUGUUCAAAGAACUAUACGUGUGUUACAGGGACAAUAUCAAGUCCUGGUGGGAGACUCAGUCUCUAGAAAAUUAUAUCAAAUCUGAAAUUGUCCCCAAAGGAUUACGUAUUUUUAUUUCCCCUGCCAUUAGAUCCCAAACACCAGAGCUAUUAUUAAAGUGGGAAAAAACUCUGACAGAAAGUUCCCUCAACCUUAUGCGUUUAUUACUGACAGAGGAACGAGGCACCUUGGAAAGAACCUCUGCCAGACUAAACACUGCCAUUGAGCAGACUCUUAAAUUCAAGGAAGAUCCUGAUUUCUCUAGAAGAGAGAACAACCUACAGAUCUCCGUUGAGAGAUACCAUACCUCUAUCAAAGAGAGGAAACAUAACCAAUAUAAAAAAGACCUCCUUGAAUUUAAAGAGAAACGGGCAUAUAAUAAUUUAGGUGAGAAGUCCAAAUCAGUAACAAAGGAAAUCUCUUCUUCAGAAUUAGAUACCUCGGACACAGAUAGAUCUGCUGAUUAUAGCUCCCGAGGUAAGCCCAGAUACAGAGGAUCAAAGGGACCCAGAGGUCGCAGGGGAAAGUAUCAAAAAUGGGGAACCAAUACCAGAAACGACCCACAUACUACAUACUCAGAAGCAUCAUGUUCAUCUGGUUCUGGCUUGCCUUCCAAUUUUUUAGGAUCGGGGGGGAUCCCGUACGACCUCAGGGACCGACCCCGAUCAGCCAAAUAGAUACAUUCCAGA